AUGGCUGCGUGUAAAGAGAUGGACGAAAGUACACAAAAUAGAAGGGGGACGGUGUGCAACGUUGUGGUCAGCCAGCAGGAGGCCCGCGGCUCUCGCUCCGCUGGUCGAACGCCUGUCAUCUUCAACCCAGACUUCUUUGUGGAAAAGCUUCGCCACGAGAAGCCAGAUGUCUUCCUGGAGCUGGUGCUUAGCAACGUCACCCGCCUCAUCGACCUCCCGGGGGCGGAGUUCUCUCUGCUCCUCGGGGGGGAGGGGCCUAAGACGCCCACCAUCGCCGGGACAGGAAGUGCGGGCGGAUUCUUCCGCUCCCUCAACUUCCUGAAGCGCAAAGAUAAAGGCCUUGUGUUCGGGAGCCCUCUGACAGAGUCCAGCAUCGCCCAGGUCUACCAGCUCAUCCAGUACCUCAGCCAGAGUGAGUACGUGGAGGGCCUGUUCCGCGUGCCGGGGAACAGCGUGCGGCAGCAGGCCCUGAGGGAGCAGCUGGACGGCGGGGCGGAGCUGGACCUGGCUUCUGGAGACUUCCACCCUAACGACGUGGCCACGCUGCUGAAGAGCUUCCUGGGAGAGCUGCCCGAGCCCCUGCUCACUCACAGACACUUCCACGCUCACCUGAAGAUAGCAGAUAUGACCCUGUUUGACGAGCAGGGCAACAAAACGAGCGUCCCAGACAAGGAGCGUCAGAUGGAGGCCCUGCAGCUGCUCCUGCUGCUCCUCCCGCCGGCCAGCCGCACCCUCCUGCGCCUCCUCCUGGACCUCCUCUACCACACGGCCCGGCAGCAGGACAGGAACAAGAUGUCCGCCCACAACCUGGCGCUCAUGUUCGCCCCGCACGUCCUCUGGCCCAGACAUAUGAUGGCGAGCGACUUGCAGGAGAAUCUCAAGAAGCUGAACAGUGGCAUGGCCUUCCUCAUCAAGCAUUCCCAGAAACUCUUCAGGGCUCCGGUCUACAUCAGGGACCAUGCCAGGAUGCUCUUCACAGGCUCUACGGUUCUGCAGACUAAGGAUGACCUGGACCUGCUGGUUCUAAGCGGUUCCCCGGUGCGUCUGGGUCUCCCCCUGAAGAGACCUGCCGUUUUCUGUCCCUCUCCCAGAAACUGUACCCCGCCCCAGAACCUGCACCACACCGAGGAGGCCCUGAAGGACCUGUUCAGGCACGUCCAUGACAACAUGCCCGACUCAGCCAAGAAGAAGAAGCUGAUCAGACAAUUAGCCAAGCAGACCACUCCAGGGACCCCCACCGGCCAUCACCAGACCCACCCGGGCCCCGGCAAGAAGCACCCACGCUCUCGCUCCUUCGGCGGGCUCAUCAAGCGGAGGGUCCGAGGCGACCAGCCGACAGCAGAGAGAAAACUGAGGCACGUUUCCCCGGUGACCGUCGUCUCG